CUUGCAAACCAAUCCUCCAGAAAGGAAUCUUUGAGAAAAAGUAAUGGGUUUGCUUCAAAGGUAACCGAAUCUCACCCCUUGCCUUGCCUCACCUCCUCAUACUUCACACCCUUCUCAUACAUUAAUAUUCUUAGAAAACGCGCUUUUCUACCGUUUCAAUUCACGGGAUCAUCUGUCUUUUUCUCUCUUUUGCCUCUUCCCAAACCCCCAACAUAUAUUAACAUCACUCUCUGUUCCAUUCUUCAUACACCACAACAUGCACACACAACACAAACUACAACUGCUUUCCAAAGAUCAGAUGAUCAUCAUCAAACCCAAACACAACAAGCGUCAAAGGGCACCCUCCCCUCCUACCUUUGCCAACCCUACUUCAACCUCCAUUGAUAGUGCCACAACCUCAACCACCACCACCACCACCCCAUUUGAAUCAAUAGAAGAAGAACAAGACAUGGUCAAUUGUCUCAUUCUCCUGGCUCAAGGCACACACCACGUGGCACCAGAUCAAAACAUCAAUCACAAAAGGUCAACAAACCCUCGAGUCUUCCGGUGCAAGACUUGCAACAAAUGCUUCCCUUCCUUCCAGUCACUUGGAGGGCACAGAACCAGCCACAGGAAGCCCAAGCACUACACCACUGAUGUAGAAGCAGUUACUGCUACUUCUGUUAGAGACAAUGAUCUCAUCACAACCACCACUCUCUCCUUGAAACCACCAACUAGGGUUAAUAAUUUUACCAUCGCCACCAGAGUUCACCGCUGUUCGACCUGUUAUGCUGAAUUCUCAUCUGGGCAAGCCUUGGGAGGCCACAUGAGGCGCCACAGAAAUGUUGUCAAUGUUUCUUCAACAACGUCCAUCAGUGCUGAUGGUGGUGGUAGCCAAGAAUACCAUGGAGCUAAGAAACCAUUGAAUUUGGACUUGAAUAUUCCUGCCCCAGAGGAAGAUCAAGGAGAGUCAACGUUUUCGUUUCUGCAACCAAAAAACCUUAUCGUCUUCUCUUCUUCUUUGCUGAACUGCAAUUACUGAAGUUGUAGUCUUCUGUUUUGCUAUAAAUUAGCGUCACAGAGAACUAUUAUUCAGUGGUAAUUGAACAUACUUUAUUUUUUUAUUUUUAUUUUUUUUGGUCUGAAUGUAUAUCGGAUUCUUUCCAUUCAUUCUAUGGCGUAGAACACCGGCCUAGGAAACGCUGGCUUGAGAGAACAAAAAAUUCUAUGCCAUGGAAUGAAAAUUGAAAAAUUCAUUCAUUGGCUGAUAAUUAAACAGAUUUAUGUGAUUUAGUUUGAUCUUUUGUCAC